UUUUGCAAACACGAACUUAUCUGUGUGCUUUCAUUAAGGUUUAGACUUUAGUCAUUGUUUGAUUGAAUUAAAUGAAUAUGUUUUACAAAAAAAUUAGUGCGAUUCUCUUUCAUUCAACAAAAAAUUUUAAAACAUGGACACGUCAUCUGAGCGUUGCUGCAAUCAAUGGGAAUUUUAUAGUUGUACAACCAAAACAAUCGAAAUCGAAUAUAAAAUUUCCUGCAGUUUGGUUGCGUGAUAAUUGCCAAUGCAAUGAAUGUUUUCAUAAACAUACAAAAAGCCGCACAAUGAACUGGGAGCGAAUUAACCAUAAUGUGCACGUUGAACGUGUAUGUGCCGUUAAUAAUGUGGUUAAUAUUACUUGGAACGACAAACAUGAGUCCACUUUUGAUCUAGAUUGGUUACUGGAACGUGAUUUUUCUAAAGAUAAUCGGCAACGGUAUAUAGAAAACGUUUAUAAACCCGCUCCCAGACUUUGGUCUAAAGAGGAAUAUGUAAACGUUUCGAAAACUUUUGAAUAUGCAGAUGUGGCAAAUGAAAAUGAAGCACUUCUUAGUUGGUUAGAAACUUUGGCAAUAAAUGGUUUCGCAUUGAUAAAAAAUGCACCAGACAAUAAAGGAGUAGCUCGCGAUUUAGCCAACAGAAUUGGUUAUAUCAAACGUACCACUUAUGGGGAAGAGUUUGAAGUAAAAUCUAAAGAGAAUGCGCGAAAUUAUGCUUACCUUAUGAAGCCAUUGCCUUUACAUACAGAUAUGCCCUACUAUGAGUACAAAGCAGGUAUUAAUAUCCUACACUGUUAUGUGCAAUCUGUAUCUACUGGAGGUGCUAAUUUAAUGACUGAUGGUUUCUACAUUGCUGAAAAACUGAAACAAAAUUGUCCUGAUUAUUAUAAUAUUCUAAAAACUACACCUGUUGAUUGGUAUGAUAUAGGUAAUGAUAGCGGUACUGACUUUUAUAAUAUUUAUCGCUCGCCAGUAAUUUGUUUAGAUAUUGAUGGGCAGUAUAAUCGUAUAAAUCACAAUACGCCGAAAAGGGAUAGUCAUUUUACUAUUCCUUUGGAACAAGUACAGUCUUGGUAUGAAGCUUUUGACAAGUUCCUGGAAUUGGCGAAUAAAGAAGCUAUAGAAUUUAAAACGAGAUGUGGUGAUGUAUUUACUUUUAAUAAUUUACGCAUGUUGCAUGGCAGAACAGCUUAUGAAGACUCACCAAGCAAUAAGAGACAUUUAAUUGGAGCUUAUGUAGAUUGGGAUAUAAUAUAUUCUAAAAUCAGAAUUCUGAAAAUGCAAAAAAAUUAAUAAUUAUUUUCACAA